AUGGAGCAUUCAGAUAAAAAUUUUCUAACGGCGAAUGUCUCAAAGCUAGGGCCAUGUUGGGUUCCUAUAUAUGAAAGCCCAGUUGGAUUUAACGUACAACAUUUUGAAGCAGCCAUGUUGAAUAUCAUCCAUCAGCCCAAUAUUAACUCAACCGUUAUUAUGAGAGCAGAUAUUUUGCGAGAAAAUGUGUUUGAUCCAGAUGAAGGUGAUACAACAUUCACCAGUAAAAUCGCAAACGAAAUCCCGGAGUUUCAAACUGAUGAUGAUUCAAAGUUGUUGUUGAGAGAUUUGAAAGAUAUCAAAGUGAGGCAGAUACCAGAUGUACCAGACAUUCAGUUUACCAAAAGGCAUGAAAUUGUCAGAAGAGUAAUUCCACGAAACCCCUUUAAAGAUUACAUAAUAAAUCAGACAUGUCUUAUGUUGACUGACAACAAAAAGAAUAGCUUGGUGGUUUACAUCCCUCACAUAGAUUCUGUGGAAGAAACACCAUACUAUUUGCCACCAGUUUAUGGAAUUGGGAUACUCUACAAUGAUUUUAAGGUUUCUGUCCAUUACUUGCCUUUUGGUUUUGAAACACCCAACGGUAAGGAGUUUACUUUAUUAAAAUCCAUGACAGAACAGGACAGACCAAUCAGAAUAGCAUUAAGAUUAUUGAGCACGGCCACUAAACAUUCUCAGGGUAGGAAGGCAGGUUAUGAAAAAAGAGUAAAUCAUGAUCUAGUGGUACCCCAAACCAAUUUCCAAAACCAAUAUAUCACAUUGAAAAAGAAAUACCUGGAUUAUUUCAUGAACAAUUGGGGCGAGUCUACUGAUCCAAGGAAGCAUGUAUUUGAAGAUAUCGCCAUUGCUGCAUUCAUAAUAGAAUAUUGGAAACUAAAUAGUUUUGAGCCGGAAAAGUUUGAAUUUCGUGAUUUGGGUUGUGGGAAUGGUUUGUUAGUUCAUAUAUUGAUACUGGAAGGAUACAAAGGAAAGGGAAUUGAUGCAAGAGCAAGAAAAUCUUGGGCAUUAUAUCCGUCUGAAGUACAGAAUUGUCUUUUGGAGCAAAUUAUCGUCCCCCAAAUUUUACUUGACCAACAGCCAAUGCCAUCAGAUGUUGCCGCUUCAAUUCAAAAACAGCAAAUAUCCACUACAGCAGAGUUCCCUAAAAAUACUUUUAUUAUUGGCAAUCAUUCGGAUGAGUUAUCCUGCUGGGUUCCCUUGCUAGGGUACCCGUUUAUUGUGAUACCGUGCUGCUCUUUUGGCAUAAAUGGAGUCAGAAAGCGGUACCCACCAAGAAAGAAUAUGGCAUAUAAAACACCGCCUUCCACAUACAAAGCGUUGGUGGACCAUGUCGAAGAUAUAGCACUCAUGAAUGGCUGGCUAGUACAGAAGGAAAUGUUACGUAUUCCAAGUACCCGAAAUGCUGCUAUUAUGAGCUGCAAAAAAAUACCCGUGCUAACUAAUGAACCAGAGCAUAUUAAAAGAAUACGUCUAUUGGAUAUAAUUGCAUUAGAAGGUGGGGCAGAUGGCUGGGUUGAGAACUCGAUUAAUUUAAUGAAGAGCGAACCAAAAAUGCAUUAA